AUGUCCUCGUAUCCGCCUACUCCAAUUGAGACAUCCAACGUGACGUCUCCAACUGACUCGAACGAUUUCAUCAUUGCGAUAGCAGCGCAGGAGCGACGAGUCUUGGAGCUGCGCGAGGAUCUUAAGAGUGCCGAAGCAGAACUGACAAGGCUCAAGAAACAAUGGGCUCAGCACGAAGCGUACAAGAAAAGACACGAGAUCAGGAAGGCAGAGCCUCUGCGCACCGUUUCUCACCAGACGCCAACAGCAGAUGGCGAGGACACUGAAAUCUCAAAGCGAAGCGUCGAGCUUGAUAGGCGCAAGGCGCUAUUGCUCGGUCAAGCAAGCAAUCAGGGAACCCCGAAUUCGGGUAGAAGGCGGGUCAUUCGAGGCGGGCACACCCGUGCUCUGUCUCUUCUAUCACCUACCAAGACAGAAGAUGGAUUUGCUGUGCAUGAGGACACUCCGGAGGGGUUCAAGCCUCUGGUGAAGGACUCGGAACCACACUUCCAGCACCUGGCUAGAACUGGGCCGGUCACUCCAGCCCAGCUUGCAAAACGAGCGUCAUGGGCUCCUCGCUCUGUACGACCUGCGAACCCCAGCGGCGUCAAACAAAUUGCAGAAGAUUUCAAAGCGGGACUUUGGACUUUUGUAGAAGAUCUCCGGCAGGCAACUGUUGGAGACGAGCCCAUUAAUGGUGGAGGUAUCCCUACACGUGGUAUUGAUGGACACAUACGGUCUGGCUCAAGAACGCUGUUUGGCGAAGACCAGGACACCAUCAGGGCAUCGACCAGCAAUGCUCGGCCCCAUGUAGCCAAUGCAUUCAGUGACACACCUACUCCGGCUUCUCGGUUCACGGACGUAAUGUCUAAGGAUGCAGAGGGUGGUGAUAAUAAGCACCAGCGAUCUUCCUCCAAGGCUUUCACGAAAGCUAACAAACGCUUCUCCUGGACGCCCCUAACCGUGGACUCCUAUGAUGACAACGACUGGUCCAACUGGGAUAGCCCGACCGUCAAUUCACCACGAUGGAGCGGUACCACUGUGAAUGGCGACAUCAUUCCCAGCAUCCCGGAAAAGAGGGACGAGAAUGGGACGCCUCUAAAAAAGAUGUCUUCGGCAGAAGAUUAUCCUUCCGUCCAAUCUCCAUCCGCCCUCAAGCUUGAAGAGUUGUCUCUCGGCGUGCUUAACAAGCUCACUCCCGGCAACAUCAAGCGCACCGCUUCCGACUUCAUGAAGGAGUGGGAGAAGAGCCUGUCUCCGCCUCCCGAGCCAGUGGGUUUUGGGUCCAAGGAGAAGGGCAUGUAA